UUCUCCCAGUUGCUUUCUCAGUGUAUAUACUGCGACUGCUUUCCUUCAAAGUAGUUGGAGGAAAAAGAAAUUAAAUCAUUUUAUAGAGGAAAUUUGAUUAUCUCCGGCAAGUUAUCGCCGGGAAUCCUAACCGGCGAUCUUUCCGGGAAAGGUUUUUAUGGAAGGUGAAACAAGCUUCUUUUUUUAUUGAUCGAAGGCGUGUUCAAUUGCAAGUGAGUGACUAACUAACUCAUUGAGCUGCAAGAUUGGGGAGAAAUGAAAAAAGGUUUUUGGACGCCAAGAGAUGGUACAUGUCCAACUAAUGGAGAGGUGCAUUAUAAUAAUUCUUCCAGAUCUGAAUCAAAGCGUGCUCAUCAAUGGUUUAUGGAUGCUGCUGCACCAGAAUUGUUAAGCAACAAGAAGCAAGCUAUAGAAUCAGUUAACAUCCAACCUGUUUCAGGAAUUGCAGACAUCAAUGUUUCUCCAUGGCACAAUGCUUCCAGUUUUCAGUCAGUUUCUGGCCAAUUCAGUGAUUGCCUAUUUGGAUCUGAGCCCAUGCGAACUGUCAACUUUGUUGAUAGCAACAUUUCUUCUGUUGACAGUGGAAAUAUGGAUGUGAGAAGAAAGGAUUUUGAAGAUCGAUACAUCAAUAGUUCAUCGGGUUUAUCCAUGUCUCAUACUGUUGGCGAUGCCCCGUGUCUCAGUUUUGGUGGAAUAAGGAAAGUUAAAGUUAACCAAGUUAAGGAUUCAAACAAUGGCAUGCCAGCUUUAGUGGGACACCCCUACAGUAUAGGAGUUAAUAGCACAGUUUCAAUGUCUACUGUUUACAGUACAAGUGGUAACAACGAUAUAUCGCUGGACCCAACUUAUGGUAGUGGGGAUGAAAAUUCCAUCUCAAUGGGUGCCACAUUUACAAAGGCAGAUGCCGAUUUUAUUUCAAUGGGGCACACCUUUAACAAGAGAGAUGCUGAUUUCAUAUCAGUGGGGCAUAAUUACGACAAGGGAAAUGAGAGUAUCUUGUCGAUGUGUCAAACUUUUGACAAGGAGGAUGGCAAUUUUAUAUCAAUGGGGCAAUCAUAUGAGAAAGGAGACCCCAAUUUAGCUUCUUUGAGCCCUUCCUUUGCCAAUUUAAUUUCAACGGCCCCCUCUUUUGAUAAGGAAGAUGAUAAUAUACCAAUGCAACCUUCCUAUCAUAUGGCAGAGUGUAACAUCGCAACAAUCACUCCUACACAAGGUAAAGGAGAGUCCAGUAUUCUAUCCAUUCAUCAAAACUACAAGGGUGAGAUCAAUACCAUAUCUUUUGGGGCUGAUGAAUCUGAGACAAAUCCUUCUGGCAGUAUUAUUAGUGGCUAUAACUUAUUGAUGAAUAAUCAGAAUCCAGUACAAGCUUCAGAAUUGCCUAGCCAGCAACAGUUAGUUCAGUCGAAUCCAGAAUUAAACGUAAACAGUGCCCCUAAAAGUAUUCCUAGAACUGAUACCAACCCAAAGCAUAAAGAACCAAAGAUAGCUAAAAAUGUUUCUCCCAACAAUUUCCCUUCCAAUGUCAAAAGUUUGUUGUCAACUGGUAUGCUUGACGGGGUUGCUGUGAAGUAUGUUUCAUGGUCACGGGAGAAAAACCUUAAAGGGUAUAUACAAGGGACUGGGUAUAUGUGUGGCUGCAAAGAUUGUAAUUUUGAAAAAGCUUUGAAUGCAUAUGAGUUUGAGUGCCAUGCUAAUUGCAAGACCAAGCACCCCAAUAAUCAUAUUUACUUUGAGAAUGGAAAGACCAUCUAUGCAGUUGUUCAGGAGCUCAAAAACACUCCGCAGGAGAUGCUUUUUGAUGUAAUUCAAAAUGUGACAGGAUCCCAAAUUAAUCAGAAGAACUUUCGCAUCUGGAAAGCUUCAUAUCAAGCUGCGACCCGUGAACUUCAGCGUAUCUAUGGAAAGGUUGAUGCUACUGUGUCAUCUUGAGAUGAAGACUUUGCCUUGCAAAGCUUGUGAGGCUAAUCAGAUUUGUGCAUAGGAGGAGUAUGUAUCUUAUACAUGUUUUGGGAUUUAAUUAAGCUGAACAGAUGGAUGCUAACAGACAUCAUGGGUUUCCAAAAUUUUCGA